CCCUAAUCACAUCUAUUCCCCCAAUUCUCCGCCGCUGCAACAGCCGGGAAGUUUCCAUCCUCCAAAUCAACACCCACAAACGCCAACACCAACACCCACGCCGAGUGUUGACUUUUAUCCACAUAGUACUCAAUCUCCAGUUACCACAGUGCCCUUCAUCCCUACCAAAACCACAACUACACCAACCAUCUCCUAACCUCAUUUCAUUCCCACAAACCCAUCUAUCCAUCCACCUCAAACUCAGGAGCAAGCUGAUCCUCGGCUUCAUUCAACUUCACCCAAGGAGCACACUGAUGCUAAGAUGUGUGAGCUGCGCGAAUCUCUGAAGAGAUCGAUAGAUACCAUCGUCUCUGAAUUCAGGGAGGGGAUGCGACUAUUGAGGGCUUCGUGGCAACUUCCAGAAAUCAAAGUUGAUAGUCGACAAAAGUUGGACUCUCUGCCGCAGUCGUCCACCGUUGAGCUUAUCACGGUCACGGCUACCACUGAGGCUUCUUCCGUUAGUGAACUGCAUGGGAAAUAGAAGUACUGGAGGGCCUGCUCUUGACAAUUUGAGUGGAAGGCUCAAGGAUGGUAGAGAGAUUAAUGAGCCUAGGAGUGUCACCUCUGGUGCAAACACCACUGUUUCUAUACCUGGUGAUUUGGUUAUUAGUUCAAAAGGGAGGAUCAAUUCCGUUUUUGCAAGUACUAAUCACAAAGAUGGUAGAACUGAAGAACACAACGCAGUGUCUUAUUACUCAGGUGCAGAGAUUCAUGGUGGUCAUUCUCGGAGUUAUAGUGAUGAUUCUCGAAGAGUUAAUAGAGAAAUUGUGAUAAGCUCAGAUGAUGAAGAUAUUACUGAUGGCAAAGGGACUGGAAAAAAGUUAUCUGAUUUUAUGGCAUCUAUAACUCUUUCGAAAGCAACAACAGGUGGAACUGCAUCUGAUAAUAACAUUUUGAAUUUGCCAUUUGAGCCUACCGUACCAUCCUCACCUGCACUUCUUAAUUUUGGAGUCAUUAUCAGGAAAGUUAAGAGCAAAAUGUUAGACGAGGGAUCUAGCUAUAACUUGACUGCUGCUUUGGGUACUUGUUCUAUGGUGAAUGACUCUAAUACAUUGUUUUCAAGACUUGAGCAUUACAUUGACGGUUCAAAGAAGGUUAGACACUUUGUACUACAGCUAUGCUUCUCUGCGUUUGAUAAGAAGGUUUGUGAUAAAGGUGGUGGCAACCCUCUCUUCACACAUGAACAUUCUAUCUUGUUUAAAGAGCUUGUAGAUACAGGGCGUUUGGUACUUUUUCCCAUCUUCACAUAUGAAAAGUUUGUAAGGUUUCUUGUGUGUACCCUUACGCACCUUACACAUCACUCAAACUCAACUAUCAGAAUGUCCUUCAGCUACUCUCAUCUUAUGAAAGUGUGUAUGUUAUGGGAAAUACAUUCAAGUGUUUCGAGUUGCUGCAAAAUGAGUAUAUGAUCAUAGUGAAUGUCAUGACUUUUGUUAAAGUGCAUUCGGCGGGAAGGUUGCAAGAUGGUAAAGAUUUAUUGAAGGUUCAUGAAGAUAGAGAAGAACCAAGUGACUUCAAGAUAGAUGCCACUCAAAUCAUUGAAGGGCUCAACAAAGCUGUGGUGACAAUGAAGAAGGGUGAGAUCACUCUUUUGUUUAUAAUUUCUGAAUAUGCAAUUGGUGUGUUAGAGGACCAGAUGGAGUUGGUAGUGGUACCUUCUAAUUCAACUUCUUGUAAGAUUGAGCUGGCAGUUGUACUCUUACCAAACACAAGAAAAUUGAGGCUGCUGGAGAAAAACAGAGGUGAGAAUUCACCUAGUAUGAAUAUAAUGGCUGGUAGUAAUAAUGGGAGAACUUUUGAAUUUUACCAAUCUGCCUACAUUAGCAUUCAAGUGCAUGUUGAGGUUCAAAUUGGUAUGGACCAAUUUACUAAAUUGGUUGAACAAGGUUUGAUGAGCACCUUUUGGGAUAAUAAGCUGAACUGCAAGUGGCUGCUUGAGCUCCAAUUUUUCAGAAGGGUACCUUUCAUAUAUAGGUAUGACUGUUCCCAUAUCUUUAUAUGCAAUGGAAGUGUCUCUGCACCCUUAUUUUGCUCUUGCAUGAGUACUUUUGAUCUAUUAUUGCAGCAGCCAUAUAAUUUUCACAAGAAUUCUGGACAUGAGACAUGUGUAAUUGGUUUGGAAAUAUGUCAUGGAUACAAUGUUAUUUUACAUGAUGAUGCAAUGAUGAUUUUGGAAUCUGGUAUUGCUGGUGGAGACAAGGAACCUCUUUUGGUCAAGAAAAUUGCAUUGGCAGAUUGUCCAAUAUUUUCAUGCUUCGUCUUAAUUUUGGAGUUUGGUGCCAUGUCCUCUAUCAUCUGUAAUUUUCACUAUGACCUUUGGAAUGGAGAUCCGCAACUUCAAUUGCUCUUGUCUUAUGUUAUCAUGCUUGAAGUGGGAGAACAAUUUACAACUUGGGAGUUGUUACAUACAAGGGGUGGAUACAGUGAAAGAGAAUGUCUUGAAGUUCUUACAAAAACCAAUGAAAUGUGUGUUGCACAUGCAAUCAUUCCACAAGAGAAUGCAAACUUUGCAUAUGAAGCAACUGAACAGCCUUUGUUUCCUGAUGUCAUUUCCCAAGGCCUCGGUAUCUCUACUUCGGCAGAUGAUUAUCCUCGCUUCUUUUCCCAUGCUCUCGGUGACGAUAGUAAUGCCGCUCUUCAUGGUAGUGACACCACUAUCCUUGGAUUGUUGAACAUGGGUGCUACUGCAUUUGCUUUUGCUCAGAUGAUGUUAAGGUUUGCAGGGACAAGAAUGAUCAUGAGCCAACUGAUUUCGGGAGACAUCACAUGUGAGAGCUUGGAAAGCGUCUUGACCCAAAAUGUGAAACUUGAGGACAAGUUUCUGUUAAGGGGGAAGUAAUGUAACGAGUCUAAAUAUGAUAUCUGGGUUUGGGCCUCCUUAUAUCGGGUUAGUGGAUCCGGGUAGUCUUUUAAUCGGGUCUUAGGGUUUUGUCUGUUACUAUAUAAGGCAAUGAAGUUUC